AUGUCCACUCGACGACGAGCUGCGGCGGCGGCUGCUGCUGAUUCCACACCCCAGCCGUUGGACGGCUACAAGAUUGUUCUCAGUGGCAAGUUCAACCACCUGGGCCACACCCAAGGCUCUCUGGAGAAGCUUGUGCGCGCACUGGGCGGAAGCACCAGCAACUCCGUCACCAGCACCACCACCCACGUUGUCUGUACAGAAUUUGACUAUAACAGCGGGUCUAAGAAGAUCGAUGCCGCCAAAAGCAGUGACAAGCCCCUUCUUGACCCUCAAUGGGUGAUUGAUGCUGAGGGCAAGGCCUCCGCGCCUGAUGAGGCCACAUACUCAUGGGCUGCUAGGGCCAAUGCGCCCCAGUCCAAUGGCACAGAUUCCCAGAAGAGAAAGCAGGAUGAUGUGGAUGAGUCUCAGGGCAAGAAAAAGACCAAAGCAAAGGCCAAGGCCAAGGUUGUUGAUGACGACGGAGAUGAAGAAAUUGAGGAUGCUCCUCAGCCUGCUAAGACCAAUGGAAAGGCGAAGGCUAACGGAAAAGUCAAUGGAAAAUCCAAGGCGAAAGCCAAGGCUGAGCCUGAGGAGGAAAAGGAGGAAGAGGAGGAAGAGGAAAAGCCCAAGGCAACAACAAAGGCCAAGGGAAGGUCUAAGGCGAAGGCCAAGGCUGAGCCUGAGGAGGAAAAGGAGGAAGAGGAGGAAGAGGAAAAGCCCAAGGCAACAACAAAGGCCAAGGGAAGGUCUAAGGCGAAGGCGAAGGCCAAGCCUGAGGAGGAAGAGGAAGAGGAUGUGGAGGAGAAAAAGCCCAAGGCAACAAAAGCUAAAGGAAAGUCUAAGGCCAAGGCCAAGGCUGAACCGGAGGUAAAGGAUGAUGAGUUUGAGGAGGAGAAGGUAGUCGCUGAAGGCCAGUUCAUGAAGAAGAAAGGCAUCGAGAUCCCAGUCGAUAGCCACAGCCCUCAUUUCUUCGACCACAAGGUCUAUGUGGAUCCCGACUCGGGCAUGAUCUGGGAUGCUUCGCUGAACCAAACCAACGCAUCACACAAUAACAACAAAUGGGGUCGUGUUGGCGAGACUGGCCAGUCAGCAACACUGCCAGAAGGCACCCUUGAGAACGCCAUUAAAGGUUUUGAGAAGAAGUUCAAGGACAAGUCUGGUCUUCCCUGGGAAAAGCGAGGCGAGGACCCCAAGCCAGGCAAGUACGCUUUUGUUGAGCGUAGCUAUGAUGCCGACUCGGACGAUGAUGAUGAUGAUGAUGCCGAUAAGGAUGACUCAAAGAAAGUCAAGAAAGAAGAGGAAGAUGCUCCCUUAGAGUGUACUCUCGAAAAACCUAUCCAAGAUCUUGUGAGCCUCAUCUUCAACCAAACGUACUUCGCGGCAGCUAUGAGCUCGCUGAACUACGAUGCAAACAAGUUGCCCCUUGGCAAGCUGAGCAAGGCCACAAUUAUGCGUGGUUUCCAGCAACUCAAGGAUCUUGCGGCUCUGAUCGAUGACCCCAGUCGCCCCGGUAACAAGGAGCAACUGUCGAACACCUUCUACUCUCUUAUCCCUCACGCAUUUGGCAGGAAUCGCCCCCCGAUCAUCUCUGACAACACUUUGCUCAAGAAAGAAAUUGAACUUCUCGAAAGUCUGUCUGACAUGAAGGACGCUGCUGAGAUCAUGAAGAUUGAUCGGAAGACCAUGGACACAGUACAUCCUUUAGACCGCCAAUUCCAGGGUCUUAGCCUCAGCGAGAUGACCACCCUCGACCACUCCAGCGUAGAAUUCAACUCUCUAAAGGAAUAUCUGUGUGGAUCUCGCGGCGCCACACACAGUUACGACUACAAGGUAGACCAAAUCUGGCGCAUUGAACGUCAAGGAGAAAAGGAUCGCUUUGACCAGUCGGAGUACGCAAAGAUGGAUUCCGAUCGUCGUCUGCUUUGGCACGGAUCUCGCUGCACAAACUUUGGUGGUAUUCUCAGCCAAGGUCUUCGAAUUGCCCCGCCUGAAGCGCCCGUGUCUGGAUACAUGUUCGGCAAGGGUAUUUACCUGGCUGACAUGUCCUCCAAGUCUGCAGGCUACUGUGCUUCCUAUAUCUCCAAUGGCCACAUCCUGCUCCUUCUGUGUGAAGCCGAACUGGGCAACCCAAUGCAGACGUUGACACAGGCCAGCUACCAAGCUGGCGAGACCGCCAAGCAGAACGGCAUGGUGAGCACAUGGGGUCAAGGUAACACCGGUCCAAGCAAGUGGGUUGACGCUGGUACUGUUCACGAAAGUCUCAAGGGCAUCAAAAUGCCCGACCCAGACGUCAAGGCCGGUCCAACCAACGUCCAGAACGCCAGCCUUUUCUACAACGAGUACAUCUGUUAUGACGUUGCUCAGGUCCGCCUUCGAUAUCUCUUCCGCGUCAAGGUUUAA